AUGCCAUCUGUUCCUGAAUGGCCAAAGGAAUGCAACCCACGUCGUCUAGUGACCCAGCAGCAUAUCCGCAUUCCAGUCAAGACAGGCACCUCCCACUCUGUACCUGCAAGAACUGGGGUUGGUAGGGCAAAGAGACAGCAACAUCAAAGGAAACUCGAUCAUCGUUUUCUUUCAAGGCACCGUCGUUUAACAAGAAGAGAAACCAUCCUCGAGGAGAAACAAUCCAUCUGCUCGCCCUCUGUGCCAGGGCUGGUAUCGGAGACAAAGACAUAUUGCAAUUCCCUAGAUUGCAGGCACAUGUUUGAUCCUUCGGAAAUUAUUCUGCUUGCUUCAAAACUUCAGAAUACUAAGCUGACUGUAACCUUGAUUGAUAUUUUGCAUGGCCUUGGCGGCUUGAUACAGGACGCCGUCUGCUCGUCUGCUUCAAAAACGCCACUGGCGAAGCAAAAUUAUCAUCGUGGACCCCCGGUCAUACGUCCUCCUCCUAGGCAAAAGAUUACAUCGAGAUUUGGACUUCGUCUUGCUUAUCUUGAUUUUAUACCCUCCACUGGGACGUUGUACCUUGUGGCACUUUUUGGAAAUAGAUCAUGGUAUGCCAGGAUGAUGAUGAAGUGA